UUUUAUUUUUGACAAGCAUCAGAUGUGACAUUUGAGGUGUUUUUUUUUAUGUGGCAAUUUGACAUUCGUAUAACAAAUAUUUAUUAAAAUUUGCAAAAUGGCUCAACCUUAUGCAACGGCUGCUCCUUCUGCUCCAACUAAUCCGACAAAUUUGGUGACCCAAGUUCAACUUUCUAUUUCUUGCAAAGGCCUGAUCAACAAGGAUACUUUCUCAAAGUCUGAUCCUUUGGCCGUGGUUCACCUCUUCUCAGGAAAUCAAUGGAUUGAGGUUGGGAGGACAGAACAGAUUAAAGACAACUUGAACCCAAAUUUUGCAAAGUCCAUUAUAGUAGACUAUCAUUUUGAAGAACUGCAGAAGUUAAAGUUUUCUGUGUAUGAUAUUGAUGAUCCCAAAGAAAACUUAAGUAAAGCUGACUUCUUAGGAAAUCUUGAAACUACCCUUGGACAGCUUGUCAGUUCACAGAAGUAUUCAAAACCUUUACAAUUGCCUAAAACCACCAAUGCAGGAACAAUAACGAUUGCAGCUGAAGAGUUGGCUACAAAUCAUGAUUUGGUUGAUUUCACAUUUAGAGCAACCAAGCUAGAUAAAAAGGACUUCUUUGGUAAAUCUGAUCCUUAUUUGGAGUUUUCAAAAGCAAAGGAGGAUGGCAGUUUUGUUGUGUUCCACAGAACAGAGGUCGUUAAGAAUACGCUAAACCCGUCAUGGAAACCUUUUCAGUUGAGUGUUGUCAACCUUUGUAAUGCUGAUCUAAACAGAACAAUUAAGGUCGACUGUUACGAUUGGGACAGCGAUGGUAGCAAUGACUUUAUUGGGCAGUUUACAACAAAUCUUAAUGAAAUGGAAAAGGCUGGAAAACCGCACGAGAUUUCAUGGCCCUGCAUAAAUCCAAAAAAAAUGUCUAAGAAGAAAAACUACAAUAAUUCUGGAAUAAUAUACUUGUCAAGAUGUGAGAUUUUAAAACGUUAUUCCUUUUUGGACUUCAUCUCUGCAGGACUACAACUUAAUUUUUCUGUUGCAAUCGACUUCACUGCCUCAAAUGGUCACCCUGCACAGAAUACUUCAUUACAUUAUAUCAACCCAUAUCAACCAAACGAGUACUUGAAGGCUCUAACGGCUGUUGGACAAAUUAUACAGGACUAUGACAGGGAUAAUCUUUAUCCUUGCUAUGGAUUUGGAGCAAAGCUUCCUCCAAAUAACCAGGUAUCUCAUAUGUUUGCAUUGAACUUCAAUCCUCAAAAUCCUUAUUGCGCUGGUAUUCAGGGAAUCGUCCAAGCGUACCAGUCCUGUCUACCCAGUGUCACUCUGUAUGGUCCAACCAAUGUCUCGCCAGUAAUUAAUCACGUGGCGUCGUUUGCAAGACAAAGCGUCGCCGCUGAAGUACGUCCUAUUUCUGAACAGAGUUACCAUAUUCUACUCAUUCUCACUGAUGGUGUGAUUUCUGACAUGGACCAGACAAAAACAGCCAUCGUAGAGGCCUCUUCGCUGCCGAUGUCCAUCAUCAUUGUUGGAGUUGGAGCAGCUGAUUUUGAUAUGAUGGAAGAACUUGAUGCUGAUGACAAUCUACUAACUUCUCCGAGUGGUAAGAGAGCGCAAAGGGAUAUCGUACAGUUUGUACCAUUUAGAGAUUUUCAAAAUUCUUCACCUGCCGCCCUGGCGAAAUGUGUCCUCGCUGAGGUUCCUGAGCAAGUGACUGGAUAUUUUGGUUCAAGGCAUAUUGCGCCAACGCCGCGAAGAUAACGAAUGAUGAUAGAUAAUAAUGAAACUUCACGAGGAUGUUCAUAUAGUCAGGUAUAAUAAUGCUUGAGAACUUAGGGCUGUAAAGAUAUGAAAUUGCAUAACUGUCAGGUAUAUUGAUGGUUGAGUUAUAAUAAUACAACCGUGCAGGGUAGGUAAAAAAGCCUGGCUAGCGAGUUUGCAUGGUUAUAAUAUUGGCAUAAGAAAAUCUCCAAUAUUGUUAGGUAGCUAUUUUGAAAUUUAAUUGGCAUGUAGACUUUUUAGCACUAAACAUACUGAGUACAUCGCCGUGAAUUCGGUCAUUUUAGGGUAUGUAUGAAAUUCACAAGACAACGUACGUUAAGUUAAGCUAUCGUAAGCACUCGCACUGACCCUUCAUCGCAUUCCUGGUCAUCAUGCAGUGACAGUGAUAGUUUUGAAGAUCAUAAAAUGAACACCUUAUAUGCAUGGGAUUAUAUAUAUAUAUAUGUUUAUAUUUAUUGA